CUAGAAAAGUGCAGAAGAAAACAAACAAACAAAAAAAAAAUGAAUCUGCUUCUUCAAGUCCUAACUAACACCACGCUAUCGCACAACAUUUUGAUCCUCCUACUUGUUUUCAUCUUCUCACUGUUGGGUUUGCUUGCCCAAAACCUGAGAGGAAACAAAGAUGGAAAGACAAAAAAGUACCCACCAGGUCCAACUAGGUUUCCUCUGAUAGGAAACCUGCAUCAGAUUACUGAACUACCACAUAUAUCAUUUAAAAAACUUUCUGAUAAGUAUGGGCCUAUAAUGUUUCUUAAAUUAGGCUCAAUUCCAACUUUGGUCGUCUCUUCUGCAAAUAUUGUGAAAGAAAUGUUUACUGCACACGAUCUCGUAUUCUCCAACAGACCCAUGCUAUAUGCAGCAAAGAAAUUUUCUUACGAGUUUGUGGAUAUAACUUUCGCUCCUUAUGGUGAGUACUGGAGAGAGGUUAGGAAGAUAACAAUGGCGGAACUGUUGAGUGUGAAGAGGGUUCAAUCGUUUCGUGCUGUCAGGGAAGAAGAGGUGGCUACGCUGAUUGAACUCAUUCAUCGAUCUUCUUCUUCUUUGACCCUGAUAAAUCUAAGCGAGAUGAUACUUUGUUUUGUUAACAACGUCAUAUGCCGAGUUGCUUUUGGAAGGAAAUAUGAAGAAGAAAUUGAUACCAACGGCAAGAGUAAGUUUCACAGACUUAUUAAAGAAACUCACGACUUAUUGGCUGGAUUCUGCAUGGCUGACUUCUUCCCAAGGUUGGCUUGGCUACAUAAGAUUGACGGAACAGAAGCAAAGCUAGAGAAGACAUUCAGGCAAAUGGAUGAUUUCUAUGAGAAAGUAAUAGAUGAACACCUUAAUCCACAGAGGCUCACUCCUGCAGUGGAAGACCUUGUUGAUGUGCUGCUUCGGGUUCAAAAGAAUCCGGGUCAGGGCAUCACUGUAAGUAGAGAACAAAUUAAAGGGGUUAUCACUGACAUAUUCGGAGCUGGAAGUGAUACUUCUUCUGCAGCAAUCGUUUGGGCUAUGACAGAACUGAUAAGGAACCCUGAAGUCAUGAAGAAAGCACAGGAGGAUGUGCGAAGAAGCGUCGGAGAUAAAGAGGUGGUAGAAGAAAGUGAUCUUCCUAAACUGAAGUACUUGAAACUAGUAACUAAGGAGGCAAUGAGACACCACCCUCCAGCACCAUUACUUGUUCCACGAGAAACUACCCAAAACUGCACAAUCAAGGGAUACCACGUUCCAGCAAAAACAAGGGUGUUUAUUGCUGCAAAAGCAAUUGGAAUGGACCCAAAAGUUUGGGAAAACCCAUCUGAAUUCCGACCAGAAAGAUUCUUAAAUAAUGACAUAGAUGUCAAAGGCCAAGACUUCGAGUUGAUACCCUUUGGGGUUGGGCGGAGGGGUUGCCCUGGUGUUAACUUCUCGGUAGUGCUAGUCGAGCUCACCCUGGCAAAUUUGCUUCAUUGUGUUGACUGGAAAUUGCCCUCUGGGAUGAAACCAGAGGAAGUAGAUAUAGAAGAAGCGGAUGGUCUCACAAUGCAUAAGAAGAUUCCUCUUUGCCUCCUAGCUGAAACUGCAACCGCAUGCAAGUUUGCAUAGGAAACCAUGUUCUUUCUUUUUCUGUUAUUAUUACUUUUUUUUAUAUAUGAAUAAACCCUGGGGAAUUGAAGAUUUAAAUAAUAAGACAACCACUGGUUACCUAUAUUUUCAU